AUGGGUAACACUCAGGGAAAGCCGGUGAAUUGCAAUGAUGCAGUUAAUCUCAAUCAUUUCCGGCUUCUACGUGUCGUUGGCAAAGGUGCCUUCGGCAAAGUUCGAAUUGUCGAGAGAAAGGACACCGGCCUCACGUUUGCCUUGAAAUAUAUCCGCAAGGAAGAAGUGGUUCGUUCGGAAAGUGUGCGAAAUAUCAUUCGUGAACGACGAAUGCUCGAGCACCUCAACCACCCAUUCCUUUGCAACUUGCGAUACAGCUUCCAGGAUAUGGAGUACAUCUAUAUUGUGGUCGAUCUCAUGAAUGGUGGUGAUCUGCGCUUCCACAUCUCACGAAAAUGUUUCACAGAAGAUGCAGUGCGCUUUUGGAUGGCCGAACUGGGAUGUGCUUUAAGAUACAUCCACUCCCAGGGUAUCAUUCAUCGUGAUCUGAAACCCGACAACGUACUUUUGGACUCUGAGGGGCAUGUCCAUUUGGCUGACUUUAACGUGGCAUCGGAUUUCCGACCAGGGAAACCUUUGACCAGCAAGUCGGGAACCCUAGCCUACUUAGCGCCGGAGGUCUACGAGGGAAGCGGGUACACUUUCGAAGUUGAUUGGUGGUCAUUAGGUGUGACAUUCUACGAGUGCAUCUACAACAAGCGACCGUUCGAAGGCCGGAGUCAAGACACGUUGAGCGAAAACAUCAAGAAAGCCCAACCUAAAUACUACGUAACCAAUCCCGCAGUCUCGGUUCCCUGCCUGCGAGCCCUUGGAUCAUUGAUGCAGAAGGAUCGAAGCCAGCGAAUUGGUGCCAUUGGUUGGGAAACUUACACCCAGCAUAUGUUCUUUGCGGAAAUCGACUUCGAAGCGCUCGAGCGGAAACAGAUUCCGCCCGUGUUCCGCCCGUCCAGCGACAAGACCAAUUUCGAUGCCACUUAUGAUCUGGAGGAGCUUCUUCUUGAAGAAGCACCACUCGAAGCCAGAGCCCGCAGACAAAAGCCGCGUGCUGAAUUAAGGGAGGAUGCGACCGCGAAGGAAAUUCGAGAGGACGAGCUGCACCGACUCAUCGAGACCAUGUUCGAGCCAUUCGACUACACCUUGACAGACUACCACGGCAAUGCCGCCGAAGCAAUUGCCGCUGUAACGAACCCCGAGGACUGCUUCCCAGUAGCUACAACCACCCCAACAAACACCGCCGAACAUGCACGACAGUAUUCUCAAGCCGACCCCCAGAAAACCACCUAUCCCAGUCAACACGAUGGACAAUACCGUGCUCCCCCCAGCCAACAAAUCACCACAGUCACGGAGAAUCUCAACCCACAGGAUCCCGCGGCUGGCCCACAGCCCCCAUCACCCUCUAAUCGCGUCUCGCCAUCACCACCGCCCGCCCCGUCUUUCCACCGACCUCUCCCCCAAAAUCCCCAAACCCACCGUCCCCGGGGUGCCACUCGACAAAUGAGCAAGAGUGGAGGCGUGCAGAUGGUCCUCAACGAAGCUGGCAGCUGGAGUGAGCUGGCUCACACAUCCACACUUCCCGCAGAGGGCUUGGAGGGCGGCGAUGACAAAGGCAAGCAAGCCAACGGUAUGCUGUCCUUCUUCAGUCGUAAGAAGGGUCGCGACCGCAGUCCCAAGCCCACCGAACCGGGUGUUCUGGGCAAGGAGGGCGCCAGACAGAUUAUCAACUGA